UUAACAUGUAACUAUAAACAAAACAAGGAUUCAAUAGAAGAUCAAUUGUUGAGGGACAAAAUUGUACAAGGAGUAUUAGACAAAACAGUACAAGAAUCCUUACUGAAACUAGAUAGCCUUACACUUGAAAAGGCAGCCAACUAUUGUCGCACUUCAGAAAUGAGUAAACGACAGGUGCAGGAGAUGAACCCAACAAUAGAAAUUGAUGUGGUAAAAAAAUCAAAAUCCCAUCAGGCACAGAAGAAAUACUUAUUUCAAUGUAGGAGAUGUCAAACUCAACAUGGGCUGCGAGAAUGUCCUGCCUAUGGGAAAAAAUGCACCAGAUGUGGAAAAUUGAAUCACUUGGCAGUCAGCUGUAAAGUCAAGAAAAUUAAUUUAACUCGAGAAGAUUCAGAAGAGUCUGAUGAUGACACUUUAUUUUGUGGUGCAGUUAGUAGUAAAGGGAAAAAAAAUGGAUGGACUUUAUUAACAUCGAAGGAAAGAGCAUAUAUUGUAAAAUUGAUACCGGCGCAGAAGUAAGUGUAAUGCCAACAAAAAUCUUCAAGGAACUUCAUUAUAGUGCGGCGCUCAGACCAACAAAGACCUUAGAAGCAUUUGAUGGCACAAAAGUCAAAGCCAUUGGAAAGGUCCGUCUCCAUUGCAAGUACAAGGAGCGAGAGUGUUAUGAGGACUUCAGAAUUGUAGAUUGCAAGUUAAUGUUAUUAGGAGAGUCAGGUUGUGAAGCUUUAAAACUAGUGAAGCGAAUUUACAGUGUUGAUGAAGCUGAAGAUGGGACUCUAAAAGAGGACUUCAUAAAAGAAAAUAUAGAUGUUUUCCAAGGUCAUGGACCAAAUUGAAGGCUACUUUGGAGAUAUACCAAACGUUAUAACUUGGUUUGAUGAUAUUUUAGUAAUGGGCGAGACAGAGGAAAUUCAUAAUGAAGCUGUGAGUAAAGUUUUGGCCAAGGCCAGGGAGAUUAGAGCAGUCUUCAAUAAAGAUAAACUACAAUAUAAAAAGUCUGAGGUCAAGUAUGUAGGCCAAAUAUUUAAUGGAACGGGUAUGAGUGUGGAUAAAGCGAGAGUUGAGUCACUAAUUAAAUUAAAAGAACCAACAAAUAAAGAUCAAUUACAACAAAUAAUUGGUUCUUUCAACUAUGUUAGACGCUAUGUUCCUGAAAUGGCUGAAUUAUUAGCACCAUUAAGUAAAUUACUUAGAAAAGACAUUGAAUUUCAGUGGUUACCAUUGCAUGCCAGAGUUUUUAAAGAACUAAAAAAUAAAAUUUCUCAAGCUCCUGCUUUAUGUCCAUUCAACCCACAAAAACAGAUAAUUCUGCAAUGUGACGCUUCUCAAAAUGGGGUAGGUGGCUGUAUGUUUCAACAAGGAGAAAAUAAUGUCUUAAACCUUGUAGCAUGUGUUUCAAGAACUAUGAAUGAUUGUGAGUUGAAUUACAGCCAGACUGAAAAAGAAUUAUUGUCAAUAUAUUUCACAACUCAAAAGUUCCAUAAAUAUAUUUAUGGAUCAAAUGUUGUAGUUCAAACUGACCAUAAGCCUCUACUUGCAAUAAUGUCUAAACCGAUUAGUAAAGUAGGA